AUGUUACGGUCCGUAACGGAUAUCCGUUUUGGUCGACCUGGACAUCAACGUAUAAUGUCGGAUGCAGAAAUUGAACCUGAUCCCUAUUUUACAGAUGAAGAGGAAGGCAAUUUUAUACUUCGUCCAGCUACGCAUGCACAACAUCCGUAUUCAUUAAGCGUCUAUACGAAUGCUGGCGUUUCUCAUUUUCAAAUUGGUCGAAGUACGAAUAAUAGAUUUAUGAUUGGUCCGUUAGAUAAAAUUGAUAUGAGUAUGGCUCAGGGAUUGGGCCAAUCGAGUAUGAUACAAUUAAAACUUUACGGUGGUACUAAAGAUGGUAAUUAUUAUACAUGGUUAUAA